GGGAAAAGGGCUAUCAAAAAUAUCUUUCACAGAGCCGCAUACGUACAUUGUGCCAAAAAUAUGCAGUUUAUAAGCAAUCGAAAAAAUAGAAGAAGCCGGAUUAAUCCCCUAGAUAGUUCACAAAAUGCUUGGACUAAUACACACGGCUUACAGAUGUAUAAAAUUCCACCAACGGACAACAUAACCUUGGAAGAGUUCGAAGAGUUUGCCAUUGAUCGAUUGAAAGGUACGCGAUCAUGUCUUGAGAGAUUAUAAACUAGUAUCUUGCUUAAAGAACAAGAGUUUUGAUUGUUUUUCGCGUAAUUCUCUUCUCGAGACAUUGAGGGAGUAAGAAUCAGUUGGUGCUACCUGGGAGAAAGGCUAUAUUCCGAUUUUAGAAAAGUGUAGAUAUCAACUGCAUGCAUGAAUUUGUGAAUUUCAAUGCGUUGGUCAAAAUAAUUUGGUAUUUGUCGUUUCGUGAUGCCUUAUCUCAUACGGACAAGUGUUAAACGACCUACGCCAUUAACUUAACUUUUAUAGGUGGAAAAUACCAGGAUUCACCCGUGAUACUGUACGUAAGCUUGCAUAAAUGAUUUCAAAACAUAUUUCUACAGAAAGACUACAAGCUUACCCUUUGGGGAGGUAGUAAGGAUGUUUUAGCUGAAGCGAAUGCUGUGUUCUGAUUGGCUACGAGAGGGAGCAAGAUGGGCCUAUCUUGCAAGCUUUGUGGUCAUAUUUUACACUUAAUGUCAGAUCCCGAGGGAAACAGUUAGUUUUGUUUUCCCGAGAGUCCCGAUGUUUCCCGAAACGAAGCCGAGGGAAGCAUCAGGAUUAGAGGAAAAACAAAACUAACUGGUUUCCCAAGGGAACUGACAUAAAGUGUUUUGUUAUAUUUCUAGACCCUCACUUCAACAGCAACAAGAGAUAACCCGAGCGAACCAAAACAGUCAACUCGGUACUUAUAACAACACCAAUUUAAUUCUCAAAACUUAUAUGAUCUGCAUCAUUUUCCUCCACUAGCUGCUGUUUCUCUUCUGGGAUAACUUUUAAAAUUGUUGUUUUUUAGCUUGAGGCUUUAUGAUUGUGUUGUUGUGUUCAUUCACGAAAAAGAAAACUGGCGGUGUUUUUCCACCUUCUGUCUCACCACUUUCCACCCGUGCUUUGAUCACGUGCUGUAAUGUAUCCCGAACAGGGUACAUUGUCUUAUGUAUCAUGGAAAAUACAUUUAAGCAAAUAAAAACUAUCCACGACAAUACUAAUGGAUAAAAGGGAAAACUUGUUCAUAUGAUACAAAUUCUGCCAUCUGCUGUAAGCUUGACUCAAAAUCUCUCUAUUAUCAUACAGUUCUGGCUUUCUUGUUGACUUGUUGUCACAGGUCUCCCCUCCAACCCACCACUGCAGGUGACAAUUAAGACAAAGGCCGGCAAAUGGUACCUAUAAAAAUAUUUUGCGAGUCUCAGAAACUUUUCAUCCAAUCUCAAAAUCUUAGAACUGAAGUCCUGUUGUUGUUAGCUUUGUUUGAACUUUUUUAGCUUGCGAGCAAGCUCCAUUUGGGGGAUAUCGUGAAAAGUACACGCGCGAGAGGCACGCGCUUCGCUCACCCAAAUAGGAGAGCUUGCUCGCAGGCUAUAACUUUUUGCUUUAAAGUCACAGAUUUUUAUCAACCCAUUCUUAAAGUACUUAAACAAUGGCAAACACCCGCUCAAAGAGUUUACUCACUAUUGUCUUUCUUUUUAGUUCUCAGAGAGGUGGAAACAUUUGGUAUUCGAUACAAAAGAGGGUCUAAAGAUUAUGAAAAUGCCAUGAAGGAAAGCUUGAAAAAAUUCUUGCCCCUGGCACAGAGAGCCACAAACAAGGUAGGGUAUUUUGCUGCUAUAGGAAGUCUUAUUAAACAGAUGCUUUCAAUUCCUUUAUCAGCUUACAGUCAUGCAGGUAGGGGUGAGGAAAACCUUUAUCUCAUGUCUUGAUUUACUUGUAUGAAACUAUUGUAGAAAUCACAUUAAAUUUAUGUGCACUGUACUAUGAAACCCAUGAGAGAAAAGAAGAAGGUGACCCCAAGGUCCAUUUACAAUAAGCAAGUAAGACAAUGGGAACAAGGAUUGCGUAGUGGUGAGAGCACUCGCCUCCCACCAGUGUGGCUUGGGUUCAAAUCCCAGUGUUGACGCCAUGUGGGUUGAGUUUGUUGUUGGUUCUCUUCCUUGCUCCAAGAGGUUUUUCUCCGGUUUCUCCAGUUUUCCCCUCUCCACAAAAACCAACACUUCCAAAUUCCAAUUUGAUCUUGAACGAACGGACACAUUUAAACGAGUUCAUAAGAACUCCUAAGUGCUUUGUGGGUAAACAAAUUACAAUUUACGAUUUACAAUAGACCAUUUCCGAGUUCUAAAAAUUCUCACUUCAAAAUGAGGCUAAUUGCAAAACCAUUGUGAAAAUGUGUUUUAUUUGCAUGAGAAUAAAUCAUUUUCAUAUCGCUUUGAAACAGAGGCCGAAGGUUUCUCAGAAAUGGCUUAUUUCCUGGACACUCUAAAGUGACAAUUUAGAGAGUAACCACCUAAUACAGGUCUGACUGUAAUGGCCUCUUAUAAAAAAACAUUAACAUCUUGCUAAAUUAAAUAUUGUGAUCUCUACAGAACACAGAGGAAGAGUUCAAUGAAAGAAGAAAAGAUCAUAUCUCUCAUUUUAUCCUUCGUCUUGCUUAUUGCAGAUCGUAAGUGAACAUAUUUAUCAUCUUUUAUCUUAUGAAUUAACUUACUGUCACAUUUCAGCCUAGGUUGGGGGUACAUUUUUCGGUGUACUCCAUGAAUUUUUGUGUGUCUAUGCUGCUGGUACAUAGAAACCUUUCCGGUUGGAAAGUAAAUGGAACAAAAACUUUUUGCAUCAUUUCCAUGGAAAAUUUCCAGGAACAACAGAAUGUGUGAAAAGUUCAUCCUGUUUUCCCGGUCGCAAUGUUCCAAACAGAGAUUUAUGUUCCAUUUCUUCAAAGCCAUCUUUGAUACAAGUUUCAGACUCUUGCGGCUGUUUUUCCGUAAAAUCCGGCAGAUUAGUGCAAAUUAAUGGUAAGUGCUAUUCUGGGAUGAAAUUUACCAGUCUUGAAUUUGCUUACCAUUAAUUUGCCUAACCGUGAACCAACCGGUCUGCCCAUGUAUAAUGGUAAAAACAAAACAUUGUACAAUAUAGGCUGACAAAAUAAAACAAACCUGAUGUGUGGCUAGAAAACAAAUUCCUACCCAAUCAAUAGUUGUAAAAAUGGCUGCUCAAGGUUGGUCACUGUAAUUUGUACCAAACAUUGUAAUAAACCUUUCUGAUCUAAUCUUUUAGGGAAGAUCUCAGGCGGUGGUUUCUGUCUCAAGAAGUUGAGUUAUUUCGGUAAGUGAAGUAUAACUAUUGCCUAAUUAUGGCCCCUAAAUCAGAGGCCGUAUAGAUAGGAAUGUAUUUUUUUAAGAGAAAAAAUACAUCAUUGUCAGAUCCAUUGAAUUUGAUUAAAAGAUAAAUUUUUUACAAGCUUUAAAGUGAUUUUACCUAAGAGCUUGGGAUCAGGGUUUUACAUGUAAGACUUUAAAAAUUUGUGUACAUCCAAAGAGGGUCUCAAUAGGGUCAACUGUUAGCUGUCAAAUGGCCUAACCAAAUGGUUUCAAGGUCUUUUUAUACAGUCAAAGCUCUCGUAAGAACCACUUCGGAAAUUCGAAAAAGUGGUCCUAACUAUAGAGCUGGUUGUUUAAAAGAACGAGCUCUCACAAGGGACCACAUGGUAAAAUAGUAAAGGGUGGUCACUUGCGGGGGCUUUAGAAACUCAUUAAUAAUUCAUAAAGAAAAACAAAAGAAAUUUAUGAUUAACUAGUGUCUUUAUAUCUGAUUUAGACAUGGCUAAACUUAAGGGCCAAUUUUGCAGACCAUUAGUUUCAUUUAAAUGUUGAUUCAUAGGAAAAAGACUCUGAGUAGUCGCUUAUGAGAGCUUAAAAAUAAAGGAAAUGUCCAGUUGGGUAAUCCCAAAAGUGGUCGCAGUCGCUUACGAGAGCUUUUCAUUACAAAGUUUAAGUCACAGUUCAAAUGGGGUUGCACAAAGGUGGUUGUAACUCGAGCUGGUCGCUUAUGAGAGUGGAUGCAAGGACAGCUUCCACUAUAUCCCACUAUUCUAGCUGCUCAUCACCAACUUUUGGCUUAUGAAAGAUCAUUAAACUGGAAAAACUAGUUCCAACAUUCAAAAAAUAAUAAAUAAGGUAUUACAGGGAAAAAUUUAGAAUAAUAAAAAUAAUAAUAAGUAUUAUAAUAACCUUUUCCAGCAUAACUCUCCAAUUUUCCACACCUUUCAUGAAUUCAAUUCUACAGUCUGUAAACUGUGUAAAAAUGGUACUUUAACUGUAUCUAUAUCAUGGUUAUUGAUGGAUGUACACUCUAUCCUCACCAGAAGUCCUAGGUUUCCUUGAUAGGAGAUAUUUAAUUUAUUAUUGUCCUUAAUUAUCCAUCAACUCUGUAAAAUAGGGGACUUCUCUAUGUCAGACCAUUACCUAGAUCUUGCUGAUUUACAUAAUUUUAUUGUAUUUUAUGGAUAGGUUUCGUUUUACUGUAUUAGCCAAAUGUGAUACACAACAGACAGACAUAUUCCUGAGUGACAAUGGACUGAAAUACGAACCAGUAAGUGCAACGACAAAAAGCCUGUUAGAAUAUCAUUCUUGCUGUUAAUAAUAUUUUGCUCUUUUGCAUGUAACAUCUUUAACCAUGUUGGUAAUGAGAUAUACAUGUAGGAACUGAUGGCAUGGUAAUUAUUCUUGUUUGCAAUAAAAUUUACAUUUGAAGUUAUUACUUUUUAAUACCGAGAUUUCAUUUAAAAGGUAAGGAUUAAUGUGUCACCAAUGAUAUUACAUCAUUUAUACUACUACAAGAGAAAUUUCUGCAAUUUGAUUGGCUCAGAGCAGAGGCAUUUCAGCUUAAUUUGAAAUACCUACAUGUGAAAAUAACAAAUCUUUUGCAGGUAGUAGUAUAAACAAAUAAUAGCAUGAUUUGUAUGUGAUAUUUGGCAUAAAUAACACUCAUGAUAUUUCAAAAUUGCCUAAAAUUUCACUUGCCUAACAGCUCGUGAAAAUUAAUUACGUAUAACAAUUAUUUUCUGAGAUAUCACUAGUGGUAUUUAUUCCAAAUAUCACUACAAAUCAUGCUAUCACCUAUACUAACAUUAGUUUUUAGAUCAGCAUAUGUACUGGUGUACACGUACAUGUGAAAAAAAAAUGCUACUUGUAAUUUUUGUAAGAUUAAUUAAUUUCAUUUCUCUGCAGAUCACAAAUGAAGAAAGAGAGGCAAGAAAAGAAGAGCUGAUGAAUUCAGGAUUCAACCUCACAAGUGAUAAAGUACUAAAUACAGACUACUUUAAGGUAAAGUUUAAAAUUAAUUCACACUGUUGUCAAGCAGAUACACUGUAACUGAAUUAAAAUGAUUAUGUGGAAGAAUUAUUAAAUUUUCUUUAUUAAUACCUUUGUUUCCCCAGGUUCCAUUCUUUGAUGCUCUUGAACUUGUGAGAUCAAGAAAGGUUUACCUAGAAAAUGUGAGUUCACUAAUGAAAAGCAGGGAUGCAAAUCUUUUUAGAAAGGACAAUAAUGAUGUCCAAGUUGCCAUUUUACAAAACAGAAAUGUUGUUGGUAUUAUACUCUACUGUAAGAGUUUUCAAAUUUCUUUAAGUACAAUCAUCUUCCUUUUUUUGGACACUUGAGACCGUGAGUCACUGUGCUUAUAAGUGAGAGUCCAUAACAUUGGGAGUUUAUUUCAGUCAAAUGUCGCUGGAAAUUCAGUUGCAGUCUGUAUUACAUGGAUGUCCAUCAAGACAAGAGUUGACUUACAGAGUUCUCCUUAUCAGGAGAUAACCGGUAAAAUUUACCUCCUGAAGCAACUCUUCUUACUGCCUACAACCACUUGAAGGUUUACUAAAAGUAAAUAGUUUUAAAAUAAAUGCAAGUUGUAAUCCAAUCUGAUUGUCACAAGGAAAUGAAUGAAUAUAUGGAAAAAUACAAAAGUAUACACAACUUUUCUUUUUCUGGGCCACGCAUUUUGGAAAGAGAACAUUGAAGAGAAAGUAAAAUUAUUGGAAUUAAACGUUUUAAGUUGUUGUCUAAAGGUGACAAAGGCCGAUUUGUGUUAAAAUAGGUCUUAAAAUGAGGAAAUGACAUGUCAGAGAACUUAGGUCCUAAAUUUUCCAGCUAGAGCAGAGCCAUGUCCCUCACUCCACUACCCCCCUCUCCCCAAGAAAGUGUACCUCUGGUACACAUUAUUUGCCUUAGCAGCCAUGAAUGGUCCCUUAUCUGCUGAGCUAAAAUUUAGGGACAACAGUGGCUUAUGCCAAUCUUUAGUUUCAAGAAGGAAACUAUUGUCUUUGGCAAUAAAAUAUUAUUGAUAUGUUUCAUCACCACAUCUGACUGCAAGUACUUUUAGAAUUAUUCUGAAAGUACAGACAUGGACAAAGUUUAUUUGGACAUUGUCUGACAAUUUGCAACUCUGAAUUUAUUGUUUUUAUGGUAUGUUUUGUGUUCCAGGGUUCUGCAUAUGUUCCAAGAGAUGAUCUUGUUUCCCUUGUGGCAAACGAAUUUCGUGUGCAGCUGUCUCGUGCCUUGGCUGUGGGUAUCUCUUGGUUUUUCGAUUUUACGUGUUAAUAAUUGACAAGACUGAUUUAUUAACAGUCCAAGUUGUUUGGUCAAGAUGGCUGGAUAUUAGCCUUGUUCUUUUUUGUGUUUUUUAUUCGGUGACCUCAACAAAUAAAAACGCAAAAAAGAACUUGGCUGAUAUCCAGCUGUCUUGACCUCACACUUGGUCAAUAAUGAUUCUGUCUUUCCUUCAGAUGACUGCAAGGGCAUUACCAUAUCUUGAAGAAGAUGAGAGACUGCUUCCAAAGUUAACAAAUCUCAGGUUUGUUUUACUUGCCCAGUACAAUGCAAUAACAUUAAGUGGUGAAUUUUGUUGUCUUGUGUAUGAUGACUUACUGGUAUUUCGUUAUAAUGUUUUUAAUAUUUAGUCGUCAGUAUGUUGGACAGGAUUACACUCAGAAAAAGUCUGUGGGAGGGAAAGUCACUCUGGAUCAAAUUGAUGGGGUGAGUUUACACUGCAUUCUGGGUUAAGCUGGUAUCCUAACACUCACACAGUGAUGUAUUCCAAGGAAUCCCCUCUUGCUUCAAAGCCAAGCAAAGUGCUUAUGUACAUGUAUAACAAGGCCCUAUGCAUCUACAUGUAGUCAUUCACUAGCCUGCAAAAACAGCCAUCUCUUCUUGCUCUUCACCAUUGGGGAUGUUUUGCCAAGAGGGACGUCUAAGUGGCAGCGACAGAAAUUCCAUACUGAUGAUGUAAAUCAAUGUAGCCUGGUAGUCAUGGGGUUCCAAAUAUGUUCAUUUCUCCUGAUUGAUGGUCAAAAAAUUAAUAAUUUUAAAAACAAGAAACUGGAAACUUUUAGCUUGUAUUCUUUAGCCAGCAAAACGUGUUUAAAAUGCUCCCCCAUGCCACUCACCAGUCAUAUUUUCAUUUGUGUUGUCUUCUAUUUUAUAGCUAUCAAAAACAUCUUAUCCUUUGUGUAUGCGUCAACUGCACACGGCAAUGAAAGAAAACCACCACUUAAAGCACUUUGGCCGACUGCAAUAUGGCUUGUUUAUUAAGGUAGAUGACAACUUUGUCGAAUGCACAACAGACUUAAUACCAAUCAUUAACUGUAGGACAUAAACGUUUUUUUCUUUAUUAUUAUUUGAAAAAUUCAUUGGUUUCAUUUAUCAGUGAUAAGUUUCUAAAGGGACCAAUUUUGUUGACGAUAGACUAAUAAAUCAUUGUAUGGCUAUUGUAAUUUCUUUUUAUGCUGUCUUUCUUUCAAUACCUUAUCUGAUGAUCAAUGUUUUUGGAUGUCUUAAUGUAGGGUAUUGGACUCAGUUUGGAAGAAGCACUUAUCUUUUGGAGAUCUGAGUUCACAAAGCUUAUGGAUGUUGAUAAGGUAUCGGUAUUUUUGACACCUAAGUGACAAUGAGUAAUACUUGAUUUGGAAGUAACAAAUAUGAUUCAUGAAAUAAAAAAUGUUCAAUAAUAAUGCUAACUAUUAAAAUCCUAUUUACAAUUAAUUCGCUUGAAAAAAGGAAAAAACUACUCAUUCAAAACACUAUUUACAAUUCCUGUCGAUUUUAAAAAGCACUUAAUUUAGCUUAGAAAGAGUUAAUUUAACUAAGAAAAACUUAUUCGAAUUAAAAACAUUUCAUUUCAAUAAAAAAAAAGCUGUCAGCCUCUAAAAUUCAAAAGUUUCUUUCAACUGUUUAAAAAAACACAAAAUAAAAUAAAAUAAAGACAAUUAAUAAAGCAUCUAUAGCUGUUGAGUCUAGGGAAGUCCUUAUAAUAAUAAUAAUAAUAAUAAUAAUAAUAAUAAUAAUGACAAUAAUAAUAAUAAACUUUAUUUACAUGUCAGGAUUUUUAGCUUACAAGCUAACUGGGGACACGACAAACACAGAAAUAAAAUGCUUAAGAUUAUAAAUACAGUGGUGGAAUUAGAUCUAUAAAGUGUAUGAUUAGAUUCUAUUGCUAUAUAUAAGAAUGUAAACACUAAAAAUAAAUUGACAUCAACAAAAUUCUCUUAACAAAGAUAGUUACUGGUGCCAUUAUGUUACAGGUCAAAUUUGAUUUCAGGUUAAUUUUGAUUUAACCUCAGGUGAUUCUUAAUUUCCUUUUUCUCUUAGCCCCCGAAGACAAAGGAAAUCCACAAUCAACCUAGGUCAAAUCAUAAUUAACCUGAAAUCAAAUUCGACCAGUAACAAUUAUUAUAUAAACACAAUCAUAUUUUCAUAAGUUUAUUGGUUCCUGAUUUUUUUUUUAAAAAAAUAUUUAUUAAUAACAAUAAGGUUGAGAGGCAUAAAAGGAGUAUAAAAUUACCAGUUAAUUUGUUUAAAAAUGAUAAUGAUACAAGGGCAAAAAAAAAUAAAAUAAAUAAAUAACGUUUUUUAUCUCCAUGUUUUGUUCAAGUAGUUUGACAAACAGUAUGCUUACAACAUUCGGCACAGUUAUGGGAAAGAAGGUAAAAGACAAGACUACACACCAUACAGCUGCAUGAAAAUCAUCAUGACUAACCCACCUGGACCAGGAGAUCAUCAUGGUAAAGCAUCAUAUUUUUCAGUCUUCCCUCAGUGGCCUGUGCUCAGAGGCUUGUUGUCCAUCCCUCAGUUUCUUUCCCUUGCAAAGAAGUUGAUGUUUGCCCAAAGGCAGUGUAGGGGGAACAAUGACAACACCAUUUUCUUGACAGUUGAAAAAAAAUUUUGGUUAAUUUUCCAGCAUGGAACGGAUGGUCAGAUGGAGAAGAUUAAUCCAUCUGCUAUUAUUUUUUUUUUUCUGUUAACUAUCCCCCAAUAUAAUAGAGAAUUUAUAGUUCACCCUUCUGUCUUAUUCUGAGGGGUCCAUAAACAGUGUUUGUAUUAACCAGGUGUGGGUGUUAAGCAGGUAGUGUUCAUUUCAUUGUACAUCAAAAUAAAAGGAAGGGAAGGGCUUUCCCAGUGACAUGGUGAACCAUGUGAUAAUUAUAACAAGGUGUCUGUGAAGCAGGGUUCCAAUGGUUGUUCCUUACACAUUCAUUGUGCACAUGUAAGCAUAAAAUUGUGAUAAUGUCGUCAGGAGACACUUACCUUCUUUUUGAUCAGUUAUCUCCUGAUCUCUUCACAGGCUGCCCAUUCCGACACACAGAUGCUGAUCUACUGCGGCAACGUUUAGCAGCUUACAGGAUUCCCAAGAAGGGUAUUGAUGAGGUACAGUUGAAAGCCAUAACAGAAAAACGGGUUCUUUUCGAAUACUGUCACAAUGUCUUUAAGCAGAGUUCUUCAUUACAAACAGGUGUGUUAAGGUGUAAUAGUUCAUACUGUACAAUAUUGGUCUCCUCUUCGUUUACAGAUAAUGGAGUUUGUCAAAGAGUCCCAUUACCAGCUGGCUUGUACAAGAUACUUUGAGCUAACACAUGGGGUAUGAACUGUUUCUCCAUUUUAAUUUGUUACAUGCAAUGGGAUCACCAUUAGAGUUCUAUUUCUUCUAAUUUUAAUUUGUGUCAACUACCCUACCUAGGUAACUGCCAGCUCUGCCAUAAACCAUCCAAACCAAUACUUCGAUGAAAGCCGCCAAGUUCUGCAAGAUGGAAAGGGUGGGGCAUCACGCCUUGGAAAUGACACUCCCAGUGGGCUUGAGCAUGUAAGAGCUACUGUAAAGAAUGAGAAAAAUGGUGCACCUAAUGCCACCACAAGUAAUGACAUAGGUGACAUUCAAAUGGAUGAUGACGAUGACAUGCUUGGGGAAAUAGAAGGAAUGGACACAAUGGCUUAACUACAGCUGAAGUGGAUCAAAUGAAACUGAUGUAUAAAAAGGACUAACUUGAUGUGAUCUAGUCCAGAAUUUUUAAAUCAGGGAUCUUAGCUUCAAGUUUCUUGAUGGCUCUUAAGGUUCCUCAACGUGUGGGAAUAAUCGACAGAAGUUAUCAAACACCUAUUCUGCAUUGCAGAGGUGCACCAAGUCUUGAUAUAAAUGUAAUGUAGUUUCUGAUCUGAAAACUUUUACUUUUUUGCUAUCUGUGUUAAAAAAAUGUACACUAUGAUUUAAAGAUUAUCAGUUGAAAAGUUUAUU